GCAAUCUUGCUCUAGCUGUGCAAGCAUGUUUUGUAUAUACCAAAUCUUAAAUACUUUAAGAUUAUCAAAAGGAUAGUUUUGAUAUGAAGCAGCUAUGGAUAGAAGAGUUCUUCGCAGGACAUAUAUUAUUAGUUUUCUGCCCAGUCCAGGUCGAAAGAGUGAAACUAUUGACAGGAUACAUGGUAAGACAAAACAAGAGGAAAUCCCAAAUGAAUCAGAAUAUAACCAUCAUCAGUAUGUAGCACAUGCACAGGAUGGUGCUGACAGUUUAAUCAGUAAAAAAACGCCAUACGUGCCUCCACACAGCGGAGAGCAGAAUGGCAAACACGAUCGAAAGGGAGAAGAGCUGCACGGGACCAUAGAAAUGCUAAAUAUAGACAAAGGGUAUUGUGCCAUGGAAGGGAACAAUAAGGCAACUUAUAAAACUUAUUCAGGUGUGACCAAGAGUGGAGAUAAAAGGACUAGAAGUGACGUAGAAAGGAUCGGUGAGCAAGACACAGACAGGAGUGCAGCAAUCGUACAUGGUGCCAUGUGUAUAGAGAGUCCCAGGAGCAAUGAAGCAAAAGUAAUAGCCAAUGAGAUAGAAACACAAAGACUGCCAGGUCAGCAUACUUCACAUAGCGCUUGCACUUGGACAAGUUUGACCCAUCAAGGACAAGAACUUAACAUUGGCAACAGAGAGCCGUCGCAUGAAGAAGUACCAACUGUAGAUCAGCCAAGUGGACUAGACAGCGAUGAUAAGAGUCCAACACAGCUGAAAGCUCUAGAACAAAGUGGAGAUUUGUCUGAUAUCAGGACCAUUGUGAGUAACACAGGUAAAAGCAUACAGAAACCUGAUCUCAGCCGUGUGAAUGGUUGGCACAUUACAGGUAUAACUGAACCCUAUCACCAGUCUGAUUGGCAUUUUAGAGACGGGGAGUGUGCAAAACAGAGCAGGCUAGGUGCUAGUAGCAGCUGUACUCAACAGGAUUUAGAUGUCUCCCCUCUUACUAAAGAAAGGGUCACCGUUAAUGCAUGGAGCACCCCAGCAGGAAACAAUGCAGAACCACCUCCAAAAUCAGAGGAGUCCCUGUCGGCACGAAUUCGGAAAAAGAGCAUGUUGCUAGCUUACGAUGAAGGACAACUGGAAAUCGCUGAUGAUACCACUUACCGAUCGCUGGAUAUUGAAACUGACAUUGACCUAAUCACUCAGAUUAAUAAGGUACAUGAGGAAUUUGUUCAUAACAUGAUGACUCCAUUGAAAUCACCUGAAAACAGUAGCUUAAAAAGGACAGGUAGUAUAUCGAAGGGCAGUGAGUUCAGUUCAGCCACUUCAUCUGUGACAAAAUCUCAGGAAAGAAAGCACAGUCCCCCAUCAGGUGGGAACUUCAAACGAAAUUCCCCUAAGUCGUCAUCAUUUCGGAGACCAUCAGGGGUGAGUAUUGCUUCAAUAGACUUUGAUGGCAAGGAGCAAAAGCCCACCACCCCUUUAGAAAAAUGGCAGAAGCUCAAAAAACACAUCUCAGAUAGUAUUCUGGGCUCUACAAAGCAUAAACAGGGUAGAAAGACCACAUCCGACAGUAGUCUUCCUCAGGACUAUUCCUCAGUUCGUAGGGCCUCAGCGGCUGAUGUAGCAACCAUACCAAAAGUAUACAGGAAAGACUCAGGUGCCGAUUUGUUGUGCGCACGUGGUGAGGACAAUGAUCGAACGCCAAAGUUGGAGCGGCGACCUAGCCUACGACGCCAACGAAAACUUGCCAUGUCACCAGUUGAGAAUGAGAGACUUUUUAACCAGCUUCAAAAAGAGAGGACUAAUAGUUGGAGCGGUAGUGAUGAUAGUGGUAUCCAUAACAACCAGUCUCGGUCGAGUACAGAUGUGUCAAUUACUGAAGAUGAUCAGACCAAGGAAUCAAAUGCUGUUCCUGGAGAGCAAGACGUGGUAGUCAGACGACGCAGACCUCAUGCUCAGCGCAGGCCUAAAUCUGACAUUGGUGACCAUAGGUGGGAGGACUAUGGAGCAAUGGGAGGACCACCAGCACCACCGCCAAGGACUGUUACUAGGAGACCAAUUUCGGAUCCAGUGAUGAGGGAUGAAGAUGAAUUAGUCAUUUACAGAGACAAGAGAAGCAGUCAGCCUCGACCCAAGUCAGCACAUCUUGGAGAUUAUUCUUCUCUCAGUAGAGAUAGACCAAUAUCACCGACGCCACCACCCAGGUGCCGACCGGGAUCCCUUGCAGUGAUCAAAGACUAUGGAGGCGAAGACAACACCGGCAGUGCAACAACAACACCAACUACAGAAAACGCUCCAAUUACAAUUGAAGCAACAGAAGAAUCAACCAAAGUACCAGCAGGUUCGAAAUUGAGAAGAGCGAGACGUCCACGUCCAGUAUCAGAUCUGGGACAUAUUGAUCUCAAAGAAAUAGAUGACUAUGUGCAGAGAAGACGAUAUUCCGGUGUGCUGAGUCCAGAGGAUAUGUCAGUGAUCCAACAACCACCUCAACCAUUUACACCUAACUCUACCGAAAGCAAUAUAUCUCGGUCAUUUAGUACACCGUCUGCUUUACACCAAUUAAUUGAUCCAAAUAUCAGACCAGGUAACCUUCAUGAUGAGGAUUCCAGUAGUGGUGAAGACAUCUCCACCUCAGGGUAUGAAACGAUACAUACUGGCUUGGCACCACAGGAUUACUACUAUGAAGACUACAGUGGAACAAUGACCUAUGUGGAAGCGUUAUGGGACCAUGUGACAAUGGAUGAAGAUGAGUUGCCAUUCCAGGCAGGUGACGUGAUUGAAGUCACUGAUAAACUGGAUAAAGACUGGUGGUGGGGACGAAUAAAUAUGAAAGAAGGCUGGUUUCCUGCAUCAUUUGUCAGGCCUAGAGUCAAUCAGGGUGAGACAGUUGAGGAUUGUGUCGCCAAAAUCAAAGAUGGAACGCUUUCAUUAACAUCUAAGAAUAUGAGAAAAAUCAGUAUUAGUUUUCUUAGUAAAGACCAAGUACGUGCUAAGGUUAUAAACGAAAUCACAAGCACUGAAAAGAUUUACGUCAAACAUCUCAGAGAUGUGUGUGAGGGCUACUUGAAGCAGUGUUGCAAAAGGCCUGAAAUGUUUUCAUCAGAACUAGUAGGAAAAAUCUUUGGAAACAUUGAAGCCAUUUAUGAAUUCCAAAGUAAAUUUAUGAAGAAAUUAGAAUCUUGUGUUAACCAAGAGCUACCUCACCUUAGUGAAAUUGGAAAUUGUUUUCUGGACAAUAGAGCCGGCUUUGAGAUAUACGCUGAAUACUGCAAUAACCAUCCCACUGCUACGGCUGCUUUACAAGAAGUUCUUGAGAACCGCAAAUAUCGACAUUUCUUUGAGGCUUGUAGGCUACUCCAGGAAAUGAUCGAAAUCUCGUUGGAUGGUUUUCUUCUCACGCCCGUGCAGAAAAUCUGCAAAUAUCCCCUCCAAUUGGCGGAGCUACUGAAAUACACAAAACCCGAAGACAAAGAUUACGAACCUGUAAAAGAGGCACUGCAGGAAAUGAAGAAUGUUGCGUCGCUGAUCAACGAGAGGAAGCGACGAAUGGAAAGUCUUCACAAGAUUGCCAGAUGGCAGUUGACGAUAGAAGCAUGGGAGGGUGAAGAUGUUCUAGAAAGAAGCUCUAUAUUAAUACAUUCAGGUGAAGUCACCAAAAUAUCUAAAGGUCUAGGCAGAGCAAAAGUCAGACAACUGUUCUUGUUUGAUCACCAGAUUGUCCUGUGUAAAAGGGAUUUGUUAAAUAGGAAUAGAUUUUCCUUUACUGGCAGAAUAUAUAUAGACCAAAUCAAACUGGAAGAUAUGGAUGAUGGAAAAGAUAAUGCUUGGGGGAUCAGUGUUAAAAAUGCUUUUCAACUUCACAAUCAAACAGACGAGAAAUGGCACAUCAUAUCUGUGAAGUCAAAAGAAGAAAAAGACAAGUGGGUCAAGGCAUUUGCUGAUGAAAGGAAACUGGUUAGAGACGACAGAAAGAAAGAUUUUGUGAUUCAUUCAAGUAAGAAAGUUGAAGCAAAAUUCAGUGCCUUGAAAGAACAGAGUCAACAGGCUGCCAAGAAACCGAAAAAAUUCUUUAAUCAACUUCGUAUCUCUCUGUCAGCUGAUGUAAGCCGCAAAAUCUCUCAUAUGCCGUUUCCUCAUCAGCUGCAGCCUCUGGUUGACAAACCACAGAAAAGUGUCACACUGCCGCAAGGAAUUUCCUCUGUUGAUGCGUUUGUAGGAGAGAAUUAUAAAAAGAGAACGUGGAACCUAUUCGGAACUAUUCGAAAAAAGAAAUGAGAUGUCUCAGUAAAUAUAUAAAAAGAGAAAAAGCCUCUUUGGAACCAACUGCAAACGAAGAUGAGAUGAGGGAAUCUGUCCAUCUACGAAAAGGACACGUGAUACAGUGUGAUAUGUGGCAUGGAAUGAUCCAGUUACACUCGAUAGUAAUUGACUGGCUUAUCAUUCUAAUGGGGAUGCAUGUCCUAUUGUGCAUUGUCUGACUGACUCGUGGGCUGGGCAAGCUAUGGUGUGUCGGCUUGUCGGUCUAUGGAUACGUGACAGUCACAAUUGAAGAAUUGUUCAGCUAACAGUGGUUUAGUAAGAACCAACAGAACAGUCAUUCACUAUUCUGAUACACCGUAUGUGCCUCAGAAGUCUGAGGCCAAGGGUUAAGGGCAGGCAACUGCCAUGACAUGUAUUGGGGGAUAUCAACUUAAGCACAAAUUUUGUGAGAGAAGUCGUACAAACACAAUUUGAAUGCAAAAACAUUAUUAUGAAAAUAUUGUGAUAUUAUCAUAAUUAUUACAAGUGCAGACAUUGGUACAUAUCGUACCUUUCUGGCAAUGAAUUUGUAACGAGGCAAGUGACGCCAGUUCAAUUCUAUUGUUUUAGUCAGUGCCAUGUACCGUUUAUGGUAUCAUACCGUCAAGUAUGAUCAUAAUGCUGUGAGUGCUGUAGGUGCAACACAACACUCCUGACAUUGCUUAGAAACUCAUUUACUGUUUCACUCUCUGGGACAAGUGUAUUAUAAAACGAUUGUCAGUAGAUGGAUGAUGUUUUUAAUUUAGUGUGAUUUGACAGGGCUUCGUUGAAGCAGAACUCUGUAGUGAUAGAAGGUAGACCAAUCAAAAGAGGAAGUUCAGUCAUUGAUACCUUAUAUGGACAUCCUGAUAGAAGUAUAACUUUAUUUGGUCAUGUCAUGUGACCAGGAGCUGGUCAUGUGUGACUUAUUCAAAAGAGAUAAAUAAUUAUACCCAAGUAGAGUGAUCUCAAUAUCUUACGUUAAAAUCAAAAUUAGCAUACCUAGCAAAACUAGCAAAAUUAGUAUUCAUGUUGACGUUGACGUUGAUUUUGAAUAUAUAUCCACAUAACCCGGUAAGUUUGACUAAAUUUCAGAUUUCUACAGAAGUGUCUCUAUAGUUACCCAGAAGCUCAUUACUCACUAACUUAAUAACCUUUCACAAUAGGCCUCGGACAAAAAUAGCCGUCGCCAUCUCGUUGAGUCUCAAAACUUAUUUUGACAAAAUCAAGUAUUGUGGCUCUCUUACUCUCAGUGUGAUCUUUAAGGCAAUUUGCAUCUAAGAUAUAUUUGUAAUAAAAUUGUAAAAUCUUACAUGUAUUGCUUUCAAGAAAUGUGUCUUCCACUUUUCAACCCCUCUUACAUUGCCUGCCACGGGAGGACAAGAGGGAAGAGGGGAGGGGUAUCCAAUGGGUCCAAGGCAUGCGUAUUUACCUCCCUCUGACGGGUUAUGAUUAUUAUCACCAAAAUCAAAUCUUUUUACACUACCCACCUUUUAAAUUUUGAUGUCAUUUUUAAUAAGCAUGUUGUACAUUUGAGGUUACUGAAUGAAUGUAGUGAUUAUAAUCACAGUAUUUUUAUAGCAAGAAUAUAUAUAUGUGUCAGUGCCAAUUUGUGUUUUUCAAUCAACAAGAAAGACCUACAAUAUAAAAUGCCAAUCGAUUUUCUCAGAAACUUCAUUACAAAUUUUUUUUUUAAAAAAGCUCAACAUUCACAAUAUUGAUUUUUAUGGAAAAUUUAUAUAACAAGUGCUUUCAGUACUUUUUGUUAAUGUAUAUACAAAUAAAACUGCCGUAACUGCUCUCCACUGAGGGCAGGCUUUGUUAUAAAACAGGUGGAAAUAUGUAGCAUAAGGAAAAAUGUCUUUGUCUUGUAUUUAUUAUCUCGGUUUAUUUAUUUUUUUAUU